AUGUUUCGCAACAACAUAACUGGAGUUCCUAUCUUCAAAUGCAACUCAUGUGAUUAUUUGUUCAAGCUUCUUCUAAUCGGCGACUCCUCUGUCGGCAAGUCUUGCCUUCUUCUCAGAUUUGCCGAUGAUUCAUAUGUGGACAGUUACAUUAGCACCAUUGGUGUUGAUUUUAAAAUUAGGACAGUUGAGAUAGAUGGGAAGACAAGCAAGUUGCAAAUUUGGGAUACCGCUGGCCAGGAGCGAUUCCGGACUAUCACUAGCAGUUAUUAUCGAGGAGCUCAUGGGAUCAUUAUUGUGUACGAUGUUACUGAGAUGGAGAGCUUCAACAAUGUUAAGCAGUGGCUGAAUGAGAUAGAUAGAUAUGCUAAUGACAGUGUUUGCAAGCUUUUGGUUGGGAACAAAUGUGAUUUAGUUGAAAGCAAAGUUGUGGACACUCAAACAGCAAAGGCGUUUGCGGAUGAGCUUGGGAUUCCUUUCCUGGAGACUAGCGCAAAAGACUCUAUCAACGUGGAGCAGGCUUUCUUGACUAUGGCCGGCGAGAUUAAGAAGAAGAUGGGUAACCAGCCGAGUGGAAACAAGAAAUCGGCCAGCACUGUGCAGAUUAAGGGGCAGCCGAUUGAGCAGAAGAGCAACUGCUGUGGUUAA